AUGCCUGUGCCUCUCCCGAAGCAGCUACGACUUCACCCACUCCUCGAGACGAUCCCCGAGAUACCCGUCCUCAAGACACGUAUCGAAGACCGGCUCAGAGCCAUCGGCGCCUGCUCAUCGGAGUCUCUCGUAGAGGCCGAGGAUCAUAUUCCCGCUAUCCCGAUACCAGCAGAUUCCGAGGAUCCCAUCCCCGUUAUCUCUUUACCUGCAGAAACCCAAACCAUCAACGACCCCCCCACCACACCAUUCGACGUCCACAGCACACUACUUGGCCGCACCGCCACUCGCUAUGCCGCGGCCAAGGCAUUUAACCUGGGUUUACCGGCGCCGGAUAGGGAUGAGCUGGUUGAGCUUUGCGAUGAUAUUGCGAGGAGGGAUGAGCAGCCGGGGAUUAUGUGGUCGCUUGAGGGGACAUAUGUGCCGCGUGGGGUGCCGAGUGGGAGGGUAACGAGGUUUGUGGAGACGGAGAUGGGCCUAGAGACACAGUCGGAAGAGGAGGACGGGUUGGCUAUCGAGAAGAAGGCGAGUUUUGAUAGCCCGGUACCGAUGAAGAGUGGUAGGGGCCGAGUUCGCGAACUGUGGAAGGCAAGGCGUCGACUAGCUAAUAUGUCAGAUUUACCAAGCUUCACCAAGAGCUUCCUAUGUCUCAACAAAAAUCUCGAACCAUGA